GGAAACGGAUGAAGAAUACGGAAUAGCUCGGGCCACGCCCCCCGGCCUUGUAGAGGAGGUGUGGACGAUCGGCGCGGACGCGACGGAGCUCGGGCUGAGGUAGCGGAGGAGGACUAUAUACAGUUACACAGACUCACUCAGCGCCCCCAAAACAUGGCAGAAGAAGACACUUACCGUCGUGCUUAUGAUGUCACCAUGACCUACCCUAGCACACGCAGUGAAAGACACCACCUCCUGACGUCAGAAGAGGUCCAUAGAAAGAGACCCAAAGGAUCCGACAUCCCUUCCAAGGACUAUGAUAGCUUGGACUAUGACAACUGCUACAAUGUUCCCUACAAGAAGGCUCUUAGAACCUUCUCCAAGAAGACCUACCUGCAUAUGGAGGUGAUGAGAUGGGUUCUGGUGGGUUUCAUCGGAGUCUUCACUGGACUUGUUGCCCUCUUUAUUGACGUCUGUGUCCGCUACCUUUUCAAGCUCAAGUUUUCCCUCUUUGACAAAGUGUAUCAUGCCACAGUGGAGGAUGGGAAUGUCAUAUCUGCCUUCCUUCUUCUGUUGGGCGUCAACGUUCUGUUUGCCAUCAUUGCAUCAGCCUUCAUAGUCAUUGAGCCUGUGGCAGCAGGCAGUGGUAUCCCAGAGAUCAAGUGCUACCUGAAUGGCAUCAAGGUCCCCCACGUCACCAGACUCACCACGCUCGUAUCCAAGGCUGUGGGAGUUCUCUUCAGCGUUGCUGGAGGAUUCUUUGUAGGCAAAGAGGGUCCAAUGAUCCACAGUGGAGCCAUAGUGGGUGCAGGAUUGCCCCAGUUCAGGAGCAUGUUCUUCAAAUUCAUCAACCUCCCCUACCACUUCUUUCGCUCUGAUAGAGAGAAGAGAGAUUUUGUAUCCAGCGGAGCAGCUGCAGGAGUGGCAGCUGCCUUUGGAGCGCCGAUCGGAGGAGUUCUGUUCAGUCUGGAGGAGGGGUCUUCAUUCUGGAACCAGAGUCUCACCUGGAGAACGUUGUUUUGUUCGUUCUGUUCGACGUUCACACUCAACCUGUUCCUGUCUCCCGUGAAGGGUCUCCAGUUUGGUCUGCUGGGAACUCCCAGUCUCGUUGACUUUGGAGUCUUUCAACAAGUAUGAUGUCAUAUUACAGUCUUUCAACAAGUAUAUGUACGGUAUGAUGUCAUAUUACAGUCUUUCAACAAGUAUAUGUACUACAGUAUGAUGUCAUAGUCUUUCAACAAGUAUGAUGUCAUAUUACAGUCUUUCAACAAGUAUAUACAUAUGAUGUCUAGUCUUUCAACAAGUAUAUACAUAUGAUGUCGUAGUCUUUCAACAAGUAUAUACAUAUGAUGUCGUAGUCUUUUAACAAGUAUAUACAUAUGAUGUCAUAGUCUUUCAAACAUAUGAUGUCAUAGUCUUUCAACAAGUAUUACAUUAAUAGCACACUGUGACAGUAUAAUAUAGUGUUCAAUCCAAACCGAAAAACUAAAGCGAUGUCAGAGCCUGUGUAUUAAUGUGAAGCUGGCUGAAUUACUCAUACAUUAGCCAAGUAAGGACUUUGCUACAUUGUUAAUGUAAACUUCUACAGACUUUCUUCCACAAUAGUACUCAACCUACGUACACAUGUACAUUAUGUUGCACAGUGUCCAAAUUGUACUCUGUACACAACCAACAUGCCUUGUUUCUGCAUGAAGUUCCGUGUACGUCUCCUUAUAGAUGUAUAUACAGUUGGUUUUGUUUCUUUUUUCUUUUUUUCUUUUUUUUCUUUUUGGUUUCUUUUGUCAUUUUUUGUCAGCUAAAAAUGUUUGUUUUUUUAUCAGUUGUUUUGUGUUAACCUGUGUAUCUUUUUUGCUCACCCUCUAGAGUGAGCGGCAGCUGUGGAAGGCGUAUCACCUGAUAGUGUUCAUAAUCAUGGGGGCAGUAGGGGGCCUCCUCGGAGCUCUGUUUAACUCCAUCAACACUCAGAUCACCAUCUACAGACUCAAGUACCUCAUCCGCAGCAGACGCGUCUGGAGGAUGGCGGAGGCAGUGCUGAUCAUCAUGUGCACCACGGCUGCAGUCUCCAUCGCCGUGACAGUACUGGGGACCUGCGUGCCUUUCAGGAACGACGAUGAUGACCCCUCUGGCGGCGAUCACAUCUAUAGCCCAGGAGAUACCUCAUUCAGGAACGAGACAAUCGACUACUUCUGCCCCGACCAUGGAGACACUAAGAACGUACUCUACUACAACGAUCUGGCAACCAUAUUGUUCAAUCCUCAGGAGACUGCCAUUAAACAGCUUUUCCAUCAGAAUGGUGCCUUCACUCUCCCGACACUGUGGAUCGUGUUUCUGGUCUACUUCAUACUUGCCUGUUGGACCUACGGAGCCGGCAUACCGAGCGGUCUGUUCAUCCCUUGUCUCGUCAUCGGAGCCACCUACGGAAGAUUUGUAGCCACAGCUCUCACAGUCCUUGAGAAGCAAUUCCCUAUCCUACACUUUCUCACCAACCUCUAUCCCGGUACCUACGCUCUAAUUGGAGCCGCCUCGUUUCUAGGGGGCGUGGUCAGAAUGACGAUCAGUCUCACAGUCAUUCUGAUAGAGUCUACCAAUGAGAUUGACUAUGGACUGCCCAUCAUGUUGACUCUCAUGGUGGCCAAGUGGGUAGGAGAUAUAUUCAACCACGGUCUCUAUGACAUUCACGUAGAGUUGAAUAAGACGCCACUACUUGGCUGGGAAUCACCUCACCGCAUGGAGAAACUGACGGCAGAAGACGUCAUGAACCCAGACCUAAAGUACCUCUACCCCAUCACACGUGUCGGGAGUAUAGUGAGUCAACUCCGGACCACGGCCCACAGUGCCUUCCUGAUCGUCACUCCGGUGUCUCUGGACAAGGUCCACCAGAAACCGCAGACAAUGGCUCACCACACGCCUCAGCUCUACUCCAGGAGGGAACCGCGGGAACAUGCCCUCUCCAUCGAUUCUGACGUGGAAGAUGCAAAUCCCUCUCCCGUGACGGAUGAUUCCGACCCAGAAGCCUUCUCCAAUCCCUUCUCCCUGUCCAUCAACCACAACCACCCCGUCCCUUCCUCUGCUGUAGCUUCGCCUCCGGGGGUCGGAGGUCAUCACCACGGCGACCAAUACACCCACGCACGAGCCUACCCGACCAUAGCGGAAGUUGAGGAGGAGGUUGACGGAGGAGGAGCGGGAGGGGGAGAUUUGGUGAACAGUCUGACAGUGACUCUGCCUCUCCCGGAGCACAGCAGGGGGCAGGGCAUCCAGCCGUCGCAGAGACGGAAAGACGAGCAGCGAGUGUUGGUUUUCCACGGGAUUAUCCUGCGAUCACAGCUGGUGACUCUCCUCCAGAACAAGAUAUUCUUCAGCGAAGGAGAAGGGUCCCAGACACAGCCAGACAUAGACCAUCGGAUGUUGUCAGAGAAAUAUCCUCGGUAUCCCAGCGUUUUUGACGUGUCGGUCAGCGAGGACGACAAGAGAAUGCUGAUGGAUCUGUCUGUAUUCAUGAAUCCCUCUCCCUACACCAUAUCGUACCAGGCUCGUCUGCCUCAAGUAUUUAACCUCUUCAGAACCAUGGGCCUCCGCCAUCUCCCCAUCAUGCAGGACUCGGGAAUUGUGGUGGGAAUCAUAACAAGGCAUGACCUAACACACGAGCGGCUCCAUGAACUGAGACACCAGAAAAAGAUCAGAGAGAGAGCAACACAGAGAGCUAACAGGAGACUGCGUCGCAACAGAAGAAAAAGAGGCGGCUAUUCUGGCUUUAGUAAUCCUCAAGACCUGAUGGCCUGACUCUAUUAUGUACCAUCACUUUAUGAGUGUUUUUUUUAUUGUAUGGUGUGGCCGUGGGCACAGAAGUACAACUAGUGUGUGACACUAUUCUGGUAUCGAUAUCCGGUA